UAGCUUCGUUUACAAUCAACUUCUGUUUUGCGAAAAAACAACAUUGACUGGUAUCUAAACCUGAUGACUUGAGAACGAGAUCACUUACUAAUCAAUCCUAGCCUAGAGAGACGUGUAGCACUUCGCCCCACUAGAAUCCACGCCCACCAGAAAAGAACACGACGCGACGCCGCGCGCGCGCACCCACUGACACAAGCCGGCACGCUGCUACGCCGCGAAUAUCAAAAACGCACGCCCAAGCAUGGCGGGGCGCGCCUUUAGCGUGCGCGAAAUAUGGGAGCGGGAAGUGGACUGCUGGCGGCCUUUGGGGUGUCGUGUCGCCUUGUCGGCGUGCUCGUUGGGCGCUGGGGCGGGGCCCGGGUCGUUGGCGGUCCGUUUCUUGUCUGUUGUUCGUGGGGACCACUUCGCACGGGGGGAGGGCUUGGGCGGCUCUAGGCUUACCCUCCGCCAUUGCUGAGGCCUAGGCCUCCACGGCUUCGCCUUUGCUUGGUGGGUUCGUCUGUGGUGGUGGUUGGGGUUUCGGUGUUGUGUCUUGGCAGGAAAGGUGGCCAAGGGCUGUCGCUGCUCUCCCCUUCUCUUGGUGCAUGUCUGAGAAACACCGAGGCACCCAGAUGACCAACGAACAGGGCACGGCGGCCGCGGCUGCUCUCCUCUUAUCUUAUUAAUUAAAAAUAUAAUGUGUGAGAAGAGUCGAGAUAGACCAGCAGGACAGGAGUUGGCAUGGCUGCGGCUGCUCUCCCCUUCUCCUGCUAAUGUCUGAGAAAAACUGAGACAGACCGACGGAGGAGAACGGGGCCCGGGCUGCCUGCCCUCUUCUUCUCCUAUUAAUGUCGGAGAAAAGCCGAGACCGGUGGGCAGGGCUGCGGCUGUCUUCUUCUUCUUCUUCUUCUUCUAUUAAUGUCGAGCCCGUUGGGGGACAGGGCUGCGGCUGUUCUCUCUUUCUUCUAUUAAUGUCAGAGAAAGGCCGAGACGGAUGGACUUGGCUGCGGUUGUCUUCUUCUUCUUCUUCUUCUAUUGACGUCGGAGGAGAGCCGAGACGGAUGGACAGGGCUGCGGCUGUCUUCUUCUUCUAUUAGUGUCAGAGAGACGCCGGGACCGAUGGACAGGGCAGCGGCUGCCCUCUUCUUCCUCUAGUAUGAAAGAAAGGCUGAGAAAGACCGAGGCUGACGGACAGCCAGGGCUGCGGCUGUCCUCUUCUUCUUCUAUUAAUGUCAGAGAAAAGGUGAAACGGGUGGGCACCGUGGUCCCGGCUGUCCUCUUCUUCUCAUAUUAAUGCCUGAGAAGAGCGUAGACCGAUGGACAGCAGGGCUGCGGCUGUCUUCUCCUUCUCCUAUUGGUCAACGCCUGAGAAAGCGGGAAAGUGACGCCCACGCUGGGCGCAAAUUUUUUGAAAUUGGACAGGAAUUGGCUGAAGAAAGGUCAAAGGCUUGGCAAUCUUUGCGCAAAGUUUAGUGCUGAAGUGCUAAGUUUUUGACUUUAAACAUUCAAAAGCUCCGUGCUUUUAGGACGCAAGCCAGCGGGGCUGGGUGUCGUUUUAAGUCAAAAGCGUGGCACUCGUGCCCAUAAAUUUUGGCCAAAAAGCCAAGGCUUUGACUUUAAGCCUUGGAUUGGAAUAAGUUAAAAAGUUGCCGCGUGUAGGGUCUCGCCCUCUUUCUAGACUUGCAGGACUUGCUGGGGUUGCAGCUAUGGGGAUCGUCGAGGCUGUCAGCCUCAUAGCUAUAAGCAGCGUGGAAGGCGUUGGUUCGAAUCUUGGAAGGGACUCGACUGGCAGGGGUGUGGCCUUCGGGCUGGUCGCCGCCCCACACCCAGGGGAGAAAAACAUGGCUGCGCUGCGCCAGACAGUGCGGGGAGAUGAGACCCCGGCGAGCCCUCCGAGUAGCUGACGGGCGGCACCGCGCCCACGCGGUCCAUCGCCUGGCCCAAAGCCCCGGGGCAUAGCUGGACGGCACUCGCCUGCCGAGUAGCCGGGUCGGGUGACUGAUGCAUAAACACAGGGGCAAAUUCGCGAGGAACCCUCCGCACCUGAAGCGCCAGCAGGCCGGGGCCAGGCGACCGCCCUCCCCAGAUCGGGGAGGUUCUUCUCUCUCUCUCUCUCUCAGCGUGGAAACCGUCAGGGCCUCACCUGGGCUGUCGCUAAGGGUCUAAGCCGUCGGGAUCUAAACCUUCGGGAGCUAAACCGCCGGGGCUUAAGCCGUCGGGAUCUAAACCACCGGGAUCCAAACCGCCGGGGCCCUGUAAGCUGUCGGGGUUUAAGCCGUCGGGAUCUAAACCGGCGGGAUCUAACCUACCCAUUGGGAUGGAGGCCAUCGGUAUGGACACCAUCGGGGUGGAAGCCAUCGGGAUCGAAGCCGCCGGGGUCUAAACCAUCGGGAUCGAAGCCGUCGGGAUCUAAACCAUCGGGAUCGAAGCCGCCGGGAUCUAAACCGUCGGGGCUUAAACCGUCGCUCGGCAUCUGUUUGAGCCGCCGGGAUCUAGGCCGCCGGCUGGGAUCUAAAUCAUCGGGAUCGAAACCAUCGGGGUCCAAACCGUCGGGGCUUCAGUUUGUUAAGCUGUCGGGUUUUGUUGUGGGCUUGUGCGGGAGUGUUUUUUUUGUAGCGUUUGGAAUAUUGGGUGUUUUUUGUUCAUUUUGUUUUUGUAUAAACAUUUCAUCCGGUAUCAUGUAGUCAGUAGCACAUAUCCUGCAUGUAAAAAACUAAAACUAUGUAUAGUUUCUUCUCAUUCCUCGACAAGGCUCGCUAGGAUGAUAUUCUAGAAAACAAUAUGUCCAUGUUAUGGCCAGUCAGUCUGUCAUAGAAUUAUUUCCAUAUCAUUUGAAUUUGUAGUCGUCCCCGUUGAAGGAAAUGCGGAUCGUGUUGUGAUUCCUCUAAGGGGAGGCAAUCGAUCGCGUCCCGCAACCAAGUGCCAUUAACAUAUUCGUUCGCGUUUGAAGCUCUCCGUUCUACACUAUUGCUGCAGGCAUCACUUUAUCUUUCCGAUCUGGACUAGCACAUAUUAUAACAGCGCUAGCUGAUUAAGGAAUACUUGUUGAAUCAUGUUUGUUGACAACGUAUUCGAGAUGAAGAU